AAGGAAGGAAGGUUUUUUGAAUCUAAAAGAAACGAGUGAAAAUGAGGGAGACGUUAGGUGUAAUUUGAAAGGCAUGCUCAUGGCUCAGGUCGGUGAUGGUAACGGUUCAGGUAUGGAUUUUGGGCCGUUAGUGGAGAGACGAGGUGGGCUGGAGGAGAGCGAUGGGCUCUUAUCAAAUCCAAAUGGCACGGGUGGGUGUAGUACAGGGAAUAAGACAAAUACGGAUAAUGGAAGCCAGCUAGCUUCUGUCCGAGAGAUGGGUAAAAGGGACUUAACAGGUAAAAGGCAUAAGAAAAUAGAAGAUUGUUACCCAAAAAAGCUAGAAGAAACCUACACGAAACAAGGGGAAUUGGUGACCGCUAGAACGAAGAAUCGGCAAGGAAGAAGAGAGGUGGCUCAAAAGGCUGAAGCGAAGAAGAUGGAGCGAGUUGGCAAUGUCUUUAUUUCAGAUGCAUGUAUUGCGCACAGGAAUCAGGUAAUUCAAAAAGAAUUGCUUUUGCAUGAGGUGAGGAAGAUAAUUAGAGUGGGGAAAGAGCUAGGUAUUGAAAUUAAAGGCAAUGAAGAGGAGAUUGAGUCUAGGUUGUUAGUGUUGGAAGAAAGGGAUAAGGAGAGGGGGCGAAAUUUAGGAAGGAAGUAGGGAGGUGCGAUCUGAUUGGGGUUGCGGGUUUCUUCUUUUUGAAUGAAGAUUUUAUCUUUUA